AUGAAACAAAGAGAGUUAAAUAAAGAGAUAUACAGGACUUAUCAUUGCUUUUCCGAACAAAAAUCAAGUGAAUUAAGUGGAAAGUCUGCACCUAAAGAAGGCCUUCCAAACAUUUCAAUUUACCAGGCUCAAAUGUUUAGAAGUAAACAGUUCAAUGCGGCAUUAAGAGAAACAAUUGAAAUGAACUUUAAAUACAAGUUAAACAAAUUGAAUCAGUAUAAAAAAGAAAUGAAUUCUAGCAUGCUUCAGAAAAAUGAUAAUUAUGUAAGGAAAUUAAAUGUGUAA